AUGGCUCUACCGAAGAGAAUCAUCAAGGAGACCGAGAGGCUCAUGGCUGAACCUGUCCCCGGCAUCAGCGCCAUUCCCCACGAAGACAAUCUCCGGUACUUUGACGUUGAGAUCCACGGCCCCUCGUCAUCUCCGUACGAAGGCGGUGUCUUCAAACUCGAGUUAUUCCUCCCCGAUGACUACCCGAUGGCGCCUCCCAAGAUCCGCUUCUUGACCAAGAUCUUCCAUCCCAACGUUGAUAAACUCGGCCGAAUCUGCCUGGACGUCCUGAAGAACAACUGGUCCCCUGCGUUACAGAUCCGGACCAUUCUGCUGUCCAUUCAAGCCCUGCUCGGCGCUCCGAACCCUGAUGACCCACUGGCUGCCGAUGUCGCCAAGAGUUGGAAGGAGGAUGAAGCAGCCGCCAUCGCCACCGCGAAGGCCUGGACACAGCAAUACGCGGUCCCGAAAUAG